CAUGGCUUCGUCCGGCUCCUCCAGCACCUCAAGCGGGCCCGUCGCCACAGGAUCUCGAAGGAGGCGGCUCGUUCUGAGGCUGAGCCAGAAGGACGCCCUGCAAGCGCUCUUUCAACGGAACCCCUACCCUGGGAUAGCGACCAGAGAACGGCUGGCCCGGGAGCUUGGCAUUGCCGAAAGCAGAGUUCAGGUCUGGUUCCAAAACCAACGCAGAAGACGGUCAAAGCAGAGCCGAUCGCCGCCGUCUGAAUAUGUGCACCGAGAAGGGGAAGCGGGGCCAACGUCCACGCCCACGCCACCGUCGCGCCCGCCUCGACCUCAGUCUUCCUCUCCAGGAGACUCGGCCCGAGAGGCCCGGAGAAAGAGGACCGUCAUCUCUCCUUCCCAAACAAGCAUCCUUGUGCAAGCCUUCACGAGGGAUCGCUUCCCGGGGAUUGCCGCCAGGGAAGAACUGGCUCGUCAGACGGGAAUCCCAGAACCUCGAAUCCAGGAGAGCAUGCCACCCUCGGCGGCGGCGGCGGCCGCAGCUGCUCCGUUCGGGCCCCCCGCCUUCUGGGUGCCCGGGACUGCCUCUGGGGUCUGUGUGGGCCAGCCGUUGAUGAUCUUCAUGGUCCAGCCCAGCCCGGUGGCUCUCCAGCCAAGUGGGAAGCCACCACCUCCUGCCCAGGUAGCAGUUCCCUGGGCCGCGCGCUCCCCUGCCGUCACGGCCCCCGGGCAGCCUGGGCAAGGGGCCAUCCUGCCGCCUGGACAGCCGGAGGCACACAUCCCGCGCUGGCCGGGGUCACCCUACGGGGAAGGCGCGGCCCCUCCGCUAGAGCCACAGCCCCAGCCCCGCAGCCUCCCAAGCUCGACGAGCCUCCUCGACGAGCUCUCGGCCGGCCGGGCGUCCCCGCCUCGCCGGGGCCUUCCCCGGGGCCGCUGCCGACCACGGGGUGGACCCGGCCCUGCCAGGCGCACCCAGCCUCCUCGACGAGCUCUUGGCGGCCGCGGCGCCCCCGCCUCGCCGGGGCCUUCCCCGGGGCCCUCUGCCGUCGCAGCGCAACAGGCAGCUCUCGCUGGCACACCCAGCCUCUUAGAGGAAAUCUUGGCUGCCACCGGCAUCCGCGCCACGCCGGGGCCUUCCCUGGGGCCCUGUGCCGGUGAACGGGCACGCCUCGCCCUCCCAGGCUCACCCAGCCUCCAAGACGCGCUCCUGGCUGCCCCGGCAUCCCGGGCUCGCCGGGUCCUUUCCCGGGGUCCUCUCCUGUCGUCGCGGGGGCCCACCCAGCCUUCCCCGGGUCACCCAGCCUCCUAG